GGCAAACACACGAAAAAAUAAAUUAUGGAAAGACACGGAGUAAGAAGAUUUCACUCUGCGUCCGAAGUCUUGGAGCUAGUCACCGCUCAAGAUGGCCAAAAUGAGGAGAGGUAUUCUUCAGACCCUGAUACCGCAGACACUGAUGAGGAAGAGGACUUCAUCGAAGGGAUUGAUAAACUUCAUGAUAUUACUGGCAAUAUCGUGGAGAAGAAAGAUGACGAUCUGAAUGAGGAUGAUGAAGAGGACAAUAACGGUGUGGUGGCAGGUGCAAGUAGAGGAAGAAAAAGAAGUCGGGAGGGUCCAGCAAGUAAAAGGAGAGGCAAAAGGUCAGAAACUCAUGUGGACACUCAAGUCAAGUGGAAAACAGAGAAGGAGACUGAUCAUUUGCCGCACCCCCCACUCCAUUUCCGUCCAAAGAGGACACCAGGUGUUCAGCCGCCCCUUUCCAAUAUUGAGAUUCAGUCACCUUCAGAGCUAUUCAAAUUAUUUUUUGACCAGGCUGCCAUAAAGACAUUAUGUGAAAACACCAACAAAAAUGCAGCCAAAAAUUUAGCUGCUGGAAAAAAAAUUCAUUGGACUGAUGUCACAGCUAAUGAAAUGUAUGCAUAUAUUGGACUUACUUUGUACAUGGGACUAAUGAAACGACCACAAUUGAAGGAUUUUUGGAGAACCACAACUGCAUUUCAGGUUUCAUAUCCAGGGAAAGUAAUGUCCAGAGAUCGUUUCCUCAACAUCCAUACCAUUGUCCACAUGAGUAACCCAGAGGAUGAUGCAGUGAACGACCAAAAAAAAGGGACACCUGAUUAUGACCCACUGCACAGACUGCGCCCCCUGUACGACAGCUUGAGGGUUGCCUGUAAGGCUUUGUACCACCCCCGGAAAAAUCUUUCUGUGGAUGAAAGAAUGGUAGCCACUAAAGCCAAGAUUGGGCUAAAACAAUACAUCAAAAGUAAGCCGACAAAGUGGGGGAUCAAACUUUUUGUGUUGUCCGACACCACGGGCUACACUACAGACUUUCAAAUUUACACUGGAAGGUCCACUCAAAAAACUGGAAAGGGGCUGUCGUUUGACGCUGUAAUGUCACUCAUAAACAAAGACUAUCUUGGCUCUGGAUAUCACAUACUGUGAUAACUUUUAUACCAGCCCCGCAC